AUGUCUCCCCUCAACAACUAUCCCAUCAAAAAAGAAAGCGAUAGUUAUCUUCAGCUGGCGAAGCACGUGAUCGCCGCCGGCAACCAAGGCAAAAACCUCAUUCUCUCGCCUCUCUCAAUCCAUAUGGUGCUUUCCAUGACUACCGCAGGCUCAAGCAGCUCUACACGCGACCAGCUUCUCACUUAUCUCAAAUCAGAGCGCGUCGAACACCUCAAUUCUAUGUACUCGCAUAUUGCCGCCACAGUUCUCGCUGACGGCAGCCACGCCGGUGGGCCCCUCUUGUCCACCAAUAACGGCCUCUGGGUCGAUCAGAGCCUCACUUUCAAACCCACUUUUCAAGAUAUUGUCCACAAUUCUUAUAAGGCUGUUGCCCAACUUGUUGAUUUUCAGAAUCAACCGGAAGAGGCUAGAAAAGAAGUGAAUGCAUGGUGCGAAAAGGAAACAAAAGGCCUCAUCAAAGAAAUACUCCCACCAGAUUCAGUCAAGCCCGACAGCAGACUCAUCCUGGCAAACGCAGUCUACUUCAAAGGUAAAUGGACCAACACAUUCGAUGCGAGUCUAACAACAGAUGGCGUCUUCUACAUGUUAAACGAGAGCUCUGUUCGCGCCCCCUUCAUGACCAGCUGGGAUAACCAGUUCUUCCGCGCUUUUGAUGGCUUCAAAGUUUUGAAGCUGUCUUACCAGCAAGGUAGCGACACGCGCAGAUUCUCUAUGUACAUCUAUCUUCCAGACGCCAAAGACGGCCUGCCAUCUCUGACCGAGAGAAUCUGCUCCGAGCCCGGGUUCAUAGAAAGCCAUCGCCCUUCCUAUGCCGAGACUCUUGAUGAAUUCCGCAUACCUAAGUUUAAGAUAGGUUUCGAGAUUGAGGCUUCAAGCGUUAUGAAGGAAUUGGGAGUGGUGGAUCUUUUCGAGAUGGGUGGUCUGACUGAGAUGGUGGAGGAUGAAGAGGCUCUGAUGGUUAACAAAAUACAGCAUAAGGCGUUUGUGGAGGUGAACGAGGAGGGCACAGAGGCGGCGGCUGUGACAGAAGCAGAUAUAGUGUCGGGGUGCUCGAGGUAUAGGCCGCCGCCGAAGCGGUUCGUGGCUGACCAUCCUUUUCUCUUUACUAUAAGAGAGGAUAUAAGUGGGGUUGUGCUCUUCGUCGGCCAGCUACUUGAUCCGCUUGCUAAUGCUUCAUCUCAAGAUUAG